AAGGCACAUUCAAAUUUAUCCUUUCGAUCUAUAUUACCAACUAGUUUAGAUUUGCAUCGGAGCAAACUUGACGGUCUAAACUCCACAACCCUAACUCAUGGAGUACACAUUGAGUCUCGUGGCCGAGAGAUCGGUCGUCAGAGAAUCAUUAAAAGGCAUCAUCUGGUCCAUAUUUUUCCAUCGACUUUUUGGCCCCAUAACUCCUGCCAUGUGUGAAUUCCUAGGCGUGCCAUAUCCUGUGGCCAGCGACCUACCUGACUUGGAUUCGCUAGUUGAUGAGAAGAUAGAUCAGCUCAUAAGGAUGGGAUUCAGCUUCAACAACACCGAUUUGAUCUCCCCUUUGAAUGCCGAAGUCAAGUACGGGGUGGUUACUGUCCGAUUCUUGGAUCUUCCAACCACCAAAUCCAAGAAGAAAACUGGCUGGUUUGGCCAGGGCAAGUCAGAUGACGAAGUUGACCUUAAGCUCUGGGAGUCUUGGAUCAUUCAGAUCAAGUGUUUACCUGUUCUUUCUGAAUCUUCAUCCGAUAAGAAACUUCAUCAGGCAGACCACCAUCUUGAUCCCAACGUGGCGGCCUCUGUCUCCAGUUUUGAAGACAACCUACUAAAAAUCAUCGAUAUUGCAGACAGCCAUAAAGACCAUAUUCCUCCAAUAACGUCGCUAGAAAGCGCCCCGUUUCCCUACGUGAUCAACGUAGAGCUUUUGGAACGCAAACCAUCCGAAGACGAGAGUUGGGGUAGCUACAUCAAGAAGAUACUUUAGGUUCUUUUCUUUACCAUCCUAUAAAUUGGCACUAUAUAAACCCUCUUCACCUCUUACCAAUAUACAUUCGUCUUCAUACACCACCGUGUCAAACAACCCGAUUUGUUGUGCUACCUCCAAUACUUCGGCGUCGUAACUUCCAGGCUGGAACCACAAGCCUUUGAUGAUGCCUUUGUAUCCAUCCACAAUGGCGAUUUGCUUUAAAGUGGAGGUGGUGAUUUUUGGAGGUGUCAAGAACGAAAUACUUAACCCAUCUGCACCGGAUAAAGCAUGUUCGCCUAUGUCGGUCUUGGACUUAAUAGCAUCCACAAUUUCCAGAAUUGAGUGUACAACCAGUUGAUUUAAGAUCUCCAGAGCUUUCGGAUUGACAGGAAUGACUGGUAGAUUGUGCGAGACAUACCACCGAGUGAUUUUGAACCCAAACUUACUAGGGUCAUUCAGGGCUCCAGAAACAGCAUACUGGCGUGAAGCACCAAAGAACUGCUUGAUUUUGGUUUUCAUUGACAUUCCUGACCCGUUGCUUGUGAAAAUAUGGGGAACUAGCAAAUCGAUG